AUGUUCACCAUCUCUACUAUUAUUUUCUUAACGAUUGUGUAUAAUAUCUAUUGGCAUUACUACAGAAAGGAACUCUCCUUGAAGGGUAAAACUGCAUUGAUUACAGGUGGAAGUAGAGGUAUUGGUAGAUUAUGUGCUGAAAAGUUAUUGGAAAAUGAACAAGUUAAAUGUGUAAUUAUUUGGGAUGUUGAUGAAAAAUCACUUGCCGAAUGUCAACAAACAUUGAGUGAUAAGUAUGGCAAAGAUCGUAUUGUUACUCGUCAAGUUGAUAUCACGAACAGGGAAAAGGUUUAUGAAGAAAGAGAUUUAAUCUUCCAAAAUCAUGCUUCUGUUGACAUUUUGCUCAACAAUGCUGGUAUUGUCAAUGGUAAGAAAUUGUUGGACACUCCAGAUGAUGCCAUUGAAAGAGUUUUCAAAGUCAAUACUGUUUCUCACUGUUAUACAGUUAAGGCCUUCUUACCUAAAAUGAUUGAGACCAAGAGAGAAUCUCAUAUUGUAACUAUUGCCUCUGCAGCUGGUAUUUGUGCCACUUCUGGACUUUCUGAUUAUAGUGCUUCCAAGUUUGGAGCUUUCGGAUUUAAUGAAGCUUUGAGAAUGGAAUUAAAGUAUCAAAAGUUGGAUCAUAUUCACACUACUUGUGUUUGUCCAUUCUACAUCAAGACUGAUUUAUUUGCUGGUAUUAAAGAUGUAAUCCCUUAUGUCUUCCCAGUUUUGGAUCCUAAUUGGGUUGCUCAGAGAAUUAUCAAGGCAUUGAAGAAGAAUGAAGAAGUUGUUAUUUUGCCAGAGACUUUGAGAUUAGUGUUUUUAUUCAGAUUCUUGUUACCUGUUUCAAUUUGUGAUAAACUCAUUCAAUUGAUGGGCAUUAGUAGCAGUAUGGAAACUUUCACUGUGCCACAAUGUAUAGAAGGAUCGAAAUAUGAGAGAAAUGCUCUCUUGUUUAAUUUAGUUUUUGUUGUUGAUAUUACAAAAUUAAAACCUCACUAUCCACCAGAAGCCUUUAAACCAAUUGCUUCAAAAUUAUCAUACUACUUGAGAAAUUUGGAAUUGGAAUCGGAAUACUUAUUUAAACAGGAGUCUAAGCAAAAUCUGCAAUAUAUAUUGGAGAAGAUUUAUGUGGAUUUAUCAACGAAACAAGAAUGUUCAAUUUACAUUGAUUCAGCACAUUCACUUCAUUUGAAAUUAAUUCCCUAUUUACAGAAACCACCAAUUGUUCAUGCUCAUGAUGUACCAAUACCUAUUCGAAAUUUACAUGCUCUAAUAUUUCAACAAAAGGAUGUGUGGGAUAUUACAUUCUCCCAAAUUAUUCCACACAUUGAUGGUGUUUCAUUUGUGAAGCAAAUUGCCAUUCAAAGUAAUGUACACGUAGAAUUUGUGAAAAAAAGUUUACAGCACUUAUUCAACAUGUAUGCUUUGAAAAAUAAGAAAGUUGUGAUGCAACUCUUUUCUAGAAGAGACCUCGAGGAAGAAAUGAUACAUUACAUAUGCCCUGGUAUUGACAAGGGAAAUAUGCCUGAUUCCUCUCAAAUUCUUCAUCAUAUUUUGCAAAUUUAUUGUAAAUUCAAACCUGGUCUAAGAUUACAAGAAAUUGUGGAAAAACAUCACCACCUCUGUCAAUAUAUUAAUCCAAAAUGCUUAAUUACAUAUGGUCUAUUGAAGGGAUUUAUCAAACGAGUUCACGAAUAUCCAUUCCUUCUCAAAGAUGAACCUCCAACAUUUGUACCAUCAAAUGAUGAGCUGACUAGUUCUCAGAGUUCUGAAAAUCUCGAUCAAAGUGGUUCUCCAAUGUCUGGAUCUUUUGAAUCCUCUCCAUCCAAAACAUUUACCGUCAUUACAAAACAAAAGAAACUCAAUCCAAAUUUCCACAUUGUCAAUAGAGAAACACUGAGGCCCUACAUUACUGGAAAAUAUUGUAUCGAUGAAAUAUGUUGUGAAUUGGAAAUAACGAGAACAGAACUCAUGAAGUCCUUAGAACAAUUCGAAAAUACGGAUUUUUCAAAUCCAAAACUACAACAAGUCUUGGAAAAAUUCUUCUCUAAAUCAUCGGAUGGAAAUGUAAAACAUUCUAACAAUUGGGUUGUAUUAUUAAAUACUAGUAGAUUUUGGUUUAAUUACAGACACAUUGCUAAUACAUUAUCAUUCUAUCAUAUUGUGAAGAAUCUUGGUAUUCCUGAUUCACAGAUUUUACUCAUGUUAGCUGAUGAUGUUGCUUGUAAUCCUAGAAAUAGAUAUCCUGGUGAGGUUUUUAAUAAUAGAAAUAGACAAAAGAAUAUCUAUGGAGAAAAUGUUGAAGUUGACUAUAGAGGAUAUGAAGUGACUGUGGAACAAUUUUUGAGAGUUUUAACUGGAAGACAUCAUGACUCUGUACCAAGAAGCAAGAGAUUAAUGAGUGAUGAGCAUAGUAAUGUAUUAAUAUUUAUGACAGGCCAUGGUGGUGACGAAUUUUUCAAAUUCCAAGAUCAAGAAGAAAUUAACAGUGCAGAUAUUGCUGAUGCUGUUCAACAAAUGGCUGAAAGAAAGAGAUUUAAAGAAUUAUUAAUGAUUGUAGAUACCUGUCAAGCAGGCUCUUUAUUUGACAAACUUUAUACUCCAAACGUUUUGGCAGUAGGAAGUAGUUUGAGAGGACAAAAUUCUUAUUCACAUCAUUCUGAUCCUGAUAUUGGAGUUGCUGUUAUUGAUAGAUUUACUUAUUACACUCUUGAAUUUUUCGAAAAUCGUAAUUUCAGACAAAAUCCACCAUCCAUUGAAAAAUGGUUCCGAACAUACACUUCUGAAAACUUGAUUUCAACUCCUAACAUGAGAAGAGAUUUAUUUGAAAGAAAUACAAAUAGUGUUCCACUCACAGACUUCUUUGGUUCGGAUAUUAAGAUUGAAUUCCAAGAGGAUUUAUUUAAACGUGAAAAUAUGACCCGCUUUAACAAGUACACCCCAAAACAUUCUAAUAACGACUACAAUCAACAAUUCUCCAAUGAGAAACUUACUGAAAAUGAAAAUGCUGUUGAAAUAACCUUCCAAAAAUCAGUUUCAUUCCUAGAUAUUAAGGUUAUUUCUAUUGUUGCAAUUGGAUUAUUGAUUUUCUUAAUAUUUAAAUAA